AUCCCGCCCUCCUUCUUGGGUCUUUUUCUUCUUCUUCUCCUUGCGCUGGAGAGAAGCUCCACUGGUCCAAGUGGUAAAAGCGGGUUUUAGUGGCUCAGCUAACAGGAGUUUGAUUCCCGCUGUCUGUGGAGGGUCUCACGGGGGUUUUAUUAGCUCCUCGGGUUAGCCAAGAAGCUAGCGAGAACACGCCGGUUAGCCAUGUUGCUAGAAAGAUGGCCAUCGUUGUAAUGUUAGCAGCACUGGUUGGAGAUAAUGUGAAGACAGACAGCAGCUAACUACCCUAGCUGCUGUCUGUGGUAGCUCGGGUCAGACCUCCAGCAGCACGACCAAAAGGGGGGAAGCUAACGUGGAGCUAACGACAGUGCAUGGGCUGUUGUUGUUAUAGGAAUUAGGAUUAUUUGUGUGCUUGUGAGUCAACGUUGUUUGUGCACUCUGGCUGGCGUUUGAGGUCAUCCUCUGCAGUGCAGGUCGUGGAAUAACACUCGUGGCUUUUAAGAAACAUUUUAACUCCCAUCUGGCUCACUAAUGAUGUAUAAAAAAAGGAAAUGACAGCUGGGUGCUUGCAGGUGAAAGCAGAUCACCUCAUUGAUCGUUUAACGUUACAGCCUGACUGAGGUGUUGCAGUCUUGCGCAAAGCCAGAGGUUUAUAUCUGACCAGCUGUGCCAGGACAGCUGCUGAUAGGAACACACAUUACUGCACCAUCAUCCUAUCAUGGGGCAUUAUUAUUAUGUCGUAACUGGUUAUUUAAAUACGUGUGGUCAUGCUCUUUAGUCCCAUUAAAAGACCAAAACCAACAAUGAAUUGAUUGCCUGUGUAGCAGAGGCCUGAUAAAAGCUGAUUACUGUGUCACAUUGUUGUCCAGAAACCAUUAAAAACACACCACAGAGCUGCGCCGUUGCACUGACAUGUUACUUAAUUACAAUAAAUGGGUUUUACUGUCUUUUUUUUUUUAUUUGUUGCUCUCACAUACACUGUCCCGUAAAUAGUCACUAAAUUACCACGUCUGCAGCUGCAAAUAGUCCCGAACAAAUACACCUUAUAUUCUUGUUAGAGUAACUUUUCUUCCCAGCUAUUUUAGCCAUGGAGAGUUCGUCCGUGUACAUGUGCUUCCCCUGCUACCAGGAGUUUAACACCCUGGAAGAAGUACUGGAGCACCAGUUGACGUGCACAGCUGAGGAUGAGCAGCCAGACACAUCUGGAACCACCACUCUGUCGCUUCCAGCUCUACAGGCUCGGCAACAGGUAAUAAAUAUAUCAAAGACAGUUGCAGCCCAACAGAUUGAAGUCCAAGCAGGACAAACCUUUGUGCAACCUGUUAAGAGUGCACUCAAGCAGGAAGAAGACAGUGCAACACUGACAUCGGACCAACCCAGAAUCCUUUACCAGUGUGGGGACUGUGAUGAACUUUUCAAGAGCCUGGACCUUUGGCAGCAACACCGUAAAGAAGAGACAUGUCAGCAGCCUGCCCCUGAGAGAAAUUCACAACCUGAUUCACAACCUGACACAGAGACGAUUUUAGCUCAGAGCUUGAAUUCAGAUUUAAAUCCAGAUGAUUCUUAUCUCUCAACGGGUGAAACUACCCAAAAGCCGGAGCCAGUGGAGAAACUCCUAACGGAAGAAGAUGGGCAGCUCCUUGCAGAUGCCUCUUUAGCUCAGAGCUCUGAUCUUCCUGUUUCUGACGUAGCUGCCACGACCGCUAAUCCAGAGGAUUCGUCUCCCAAAAAGAGAGGGGCUAACAAAAAGCCUAAGCCUGAACCAGUGCUCCUGUGUGUGGACUGUGGCUCAUGCUUUGGCCUUGUGUCUGAACUAGUGGCCCACCGCAGGACCCAACACGGCUUUGAGGAAGCUCUGCACCGCUGUUCUGUGUGCGGGGAAAGUUUUCUAAACACCACCCUUUUUCUCUACCACCGCAAGCAGCACCGGCAGAAAGGGGAGGAAAAGGUCGUAGCGGUUCCUGAAGAGACACUAGAGGAAGUUUGCACUCCGAGCAAUGGGACUGAUGAGCAGGGACAGGAUGCCACUCCCUCCACCACUAGUGUCCCCUUCAGUUUCACACAGCCCGAAUUGUUCAUGUGCACCCAGUGUGGGCAGAGCUUCAGCGAUGAGGGGGGGCUGGUCGCGCAUCGCAAGCAGAAGCAUGACCUGAAGGAGCCACUACACAGCUGCCCCCAUUGUGGCGAGAGCUUCAUGAACACCACCCUUUACCUGUACCAUCGCCGGCAGCACCGCCUCACAUCUGGGACAGAGAUGACGGAUGGAGCUGAAACUGGUGACGAGGCAGCCACCACUAACCCCCAGGAUACCCCACAGAGCUCUAAGCGACUCCUUUCUUCGCCUGCCUCUGCUAGUGAAUCAGGUUCACCACUUCCUAAGAGAAGCAGGCCCUCUUUCAGGAUUCUGAGUGGUGCAAAUGUGCUCAAAGGAAACAAGGGUUCAGGCACCAAAGAGGAAUCAGAGGGCAGCGCUGCAGCAGACUCCGACAACACCAACCACCCUCCACCUGCCAAGCUUCUGCAGGACUGGGCCCGCACACCACUACCCCAUGUUUGUCCCUACUGUGGCAAAACCUUCACUCGACGUGUCUUCCUCCGCACCCAUGUCUACAGCCACACCGGAGAAAAGCUGUUCACGUGCAAGGUGUGCACAAAGUCCUUCACUAACUCCCAGAGCCUGCUGCGCCACAGUAUGAGCCACACGGGCAGCAAGCCCUACAGCUGCAAUGUUUGUGGCAAAAACUUCUCCCAGGCAGCCACCCUGAAGAGACACCAACGCAUCCACACAUCAUCACUGCCUCGGCGCAAGCGUGGACGCAAACCGGUGUGUACUCUGGACAAUGAGGGAGCUGCUCAUCUCUUCGCUUGCCCUCACUGCCCCUCGCGGUUUAACACGGAGGAUCAGCUUAACCAUCACAAACUCCUCCACACCAGCCAUCCAUUCCCUUGCCCCGAAUGUGGAGAGGCCUUCAAACGCAGGAAAGACCUGGACCUGCACUCGCUCACUCACCAAGACAAGCAGCCAGCGACAUGUCUCCACUGUUCAUCCCAGUUUGUGAACCAGUCGGUGCUGGAAAUCCACAUGCAGCGUUGCCCUACCACAGAGGAGGAGAAGAAUGCUGGUCGUGGACGGGGUCAGGGCCGGGGCCGAUGCACCGGACAGAUUGAAUGUGACCUUUGUGGCCACCGUUGCAUGACCCAGGAGGGCCUCGACCUUCAUCGGUUAUCCCACACGGGCCAGACACCUCUCAAAUGCCCGGUGAGGCCUUGCCGCCGCCGAUUUACCUCCAACAGUGCCCUGGAGGAGCACGUCCUGGCACAUUUCCAAGGAACGCUCAGCAAGUCCAAAAACCGACCCCGCUUCCGCUGUCAGAUUUGCCACAAGGAAUUUGCCUACAAUUCCACCUUCAAUGUUCACAUGAGGACACAUACUGAUGAGAGGCCCUUUGAGUGCACCACAUGUGGCAAGCGCUUCCGUCAGCUGCCCCAUCUGCAGGACCAUGAGCGCAUCCACAGUGGCUUGCGGCCUUUCUGCUGCUGGAUUUGCGGCAAGAGCUUCAGCGUGGCCGCCCGGCUCACCGAGCAUGCCCGCACCCACAGUGGGGAGAAGCCGUACCCCUGUUCCCACUGCCCUGCUGCCUUCCGGUCUCGCUCCAACCUGGAUAAACACAUCCGGUUACACGGAGACCUGCCUCUGGAGACCGCUGACGAAGCAGCACAUGCAGCUGAGGCUGCCCACGUCCAGAAGGUGCUGGAGGGGGCCAAGGUGUUGUCCUCUCUGGCCAACACAGGGGAUGCUGAUUCAGGCUCAGUGCAGACCAUCUAUGUACUGCAGGGGGGCGAAGGUGGCACUGAGACGGUCAUGAUCCCGUCUGAUCAGCUCAGUGGCAUAGAGGGUGCCUCACAGGUCGUCAUCCUGCCCUCCUCCGUUCUGGGAACUCAGGGCAUUACAGUUCCUACCAUCACCAUGGAUGGAAAUGAAAUCACCAUGGUCGAGACGAGCCAGUCGCCUCAGCAUGCCAUUGAGUUCAUUGUGGAAGAGACUGUAUGAAGGCAGAAAAACUAUUGUAUAAAGGACACCGUAGCAGAGAAAGACUGAGCGGUUAGUUGAGAAUAUAGACGACGGAGUGAAACGUUUGAUGAUUGAAGGAUUGCCAGUUAUAUAUAUAUAUAGUUUGAUAGGUUUCUAAGCCAGUUUCAAUAAAAGGCCCAUCCUGUGUAGUGUUACACCUUUUCUUGAGCAGAAAAUGAAUAACAGUGUUGACAGUGUAAAAAUAAUCAAUUAUCGGUUGACAGACAGAAUGUACAGUACCUCAAAUUAGUCUUUCAAACUGAUUGAAAAAUAGGUUGUAAAAUUGGCCCUCGAUUGUAUACAGGUGUUUAUUUACAGCCCCUAUUUAUUAGGGGAAGACCAAGUGGUGGCCCAUUAAAUGUCUUCUGCUUUCUUUAUAAUAAAACGCUUCAGCUUUCA